AGGCAGAGGCCACGUGUGCUGCUCACUACUUCCUCCCACGGCUGAGAGGAAGUGCUCGUCUUCCCCCAUCGGGGUCUUGGCGUCUCCCAGGCGGCCCGCGCACCAGCCCAGCAGGGAGGAGCAGCCCCCAAGCCCACAGCCCAGCCAGACCCCGCCAGGGCUCCACGGCAUCCGGGGGACAUGCUGCCCGGGCUCUCUCUGCUGUGCGCCCUGGCGCCACUGCUCUGCCUGGGGCCCGCCCUCUCCCAGGAGUGCGCCAAGUACAAGGUCAGCACCUGCCGGGACUGCGUGGAGUCGGGGCCCAGCUGCACCUGGUGCCAGAAGCUGAACUUCACUGGGCAGGGGGAGCCCGACUCCGCCCGCUGCGACACCCGGGAGCAGCUGCUGCUGAAGGGCUGUCCCGCCGACGACAUCAUGGACCCCCAGAGUCUGGCCCAGACGGAGGGGGGCCGGCCAGGGGCCCGGGAGCAGCUGUCCCCAAAGAUGGUGACGCUCCACCUGCGGCCAGGUCAGGCGGCCGCCUUCAACGUGACCUUCCGGCGGGCCAAGGGCUACCCCAUCGACCUGUACUACCUCAUGGACCUGUCCUACUCCAUGCUGGACGACCUCAUCAACGUGAAGAAGCUGGGGGGCGACCUGCUCCGGGCCCUCAACGACAUCACCGAGUCCGGCCGCGUGGGCUUUGGCUCCUUCGUGGACAAGACGGUGCUCCCCUUCGUCAACACGCACCCCGAGAAGCUGAGCAACCCGUGCCCCAACAAGGAGAAGGAGUGCCAGGCCCCCUUCGCCUUCAAGCACGUGCUGAGGCUGACCAACAACUCCAACCAGUUCCAGACGGAGGUCGGGAAGCAGUGGAUCUCCGGGAACCUGGACGCCCCCGAGGGCGGGCUGGAUGCCAUGAUGCAAGUGGCCGCCUGCCCGGAGGAGAUCGGCUGGGGCAAUGUCACGCGGCUGUUGGUGUUUGCCACAGACGACGGCUUCCACUUUGCGGGUGACGGGAAGCUGGGCGCCAUCCUGACCCCCAACGACGGGCAGUGCCACCUGGAGGGCGGCCUGUACAGUCGCAGCAACGAGUUCGACUACCCGUCGGUGGGCCAGCUGGCGCACAAGCUGGCCGAGAGCAACAUCCAGCCCAUCUUCGCCGUGACCAAGAGGAUGGUGAAGACCUACGAGAAACUCACGGAGAUCAUCCCCAAGUCGGCCGUCGGGGAGCUGUCAGAGGAUUCCAGCAACGUGGUCCAGCUCAUCAAGAACGCCUACAACCAACUCUCCUCCAGAGUCUUCCUGGAACACAGCACCCUCCCCAGCACCCUGAAAGUCACCUACGACUCCUUCUGCAGUAAGGGGGCUCCGAAGAUGAACGAGCCCCGAGGGGACUGUGACGGCGUCCAGAUCAACGUGCCGGUCACCUUCCAGGUGAAGGUCACGGCGGCGGAGUGCGUCCAGGAGCAGGCCUUCACCAUCCGGGCGCUGGGCUUCACGGACACGGUGACGGUGCGCGUGCUCCCCCAGUGCCAGUGCCAGUGCCGGGGCGCGGGCCGCGACCCCCGCGCGCUCUGCAGCCACAACGGCACCAUGGAGUGCGGCGUCUGCAGGUGCGACGCGGGCCACAUCGGGAAGCGCUGCGAGUGCCAGACGCAGGGCCGCAGCAGCCAGGAGCUGGAGGGCAGCUGCCGCAAGGACAACAACUCGGUCGUGUGCUCGGGGCUGGGCGACUGCGUGUGCGGGCAGUGCGUGUGCCACGCCAGCGACGUGCCCCACAAGGAGGUGUACGGGCAGUUCUGCGAGUGCGACAACUUCAACUGCGAGCGCUACGAGGGCGAAGUCUGCGGGGGCGAGAAGCGGGGGCGCUGCUUCUGCGGCAAGUGCAAGUGCCACGACGAGUCAGGCUCGGCCUGCCAGUGCGAGAAGUCCAACAACAUCUGCCGGAACCGCCGCGGCGUCGAGUGCAGCGGGCGCGGCCGGUGCCAGUGCAACGUGUGCGAGUGCGACGCGGGCUACCAGCUGCCCACGUGCGACGAGUGCCCGGGCUGCCCCCUGCCCUGCGGCCGCUACGUCUGGUGCGCCGAGUGCCUCAGGUUCGACAAGGGCCCCUUCCAGAAGAACUGCAGCGCGGCCUGCGGGAACCUGAGCGCCAGGAACGGCUCGCUGUCCAACCGCAAGUGCCGCGAGCGCGACUCCGAGGGCUGCUGGAUGAUCUUCACGCUGCGCCAGCUCGACGGCCGCGACCAGUACGACAUCCACGUGGAGGACGACCGCGAGUGUGUGGAGGGCCCCAAAGUCGCAGCCAUCGUGGGGGGCACCGUGGCGGGAGUUGUGCUCAUCGGCGUCCUCCUCCUGGUCAUCUGGAAAGUCCUGACCCACCUGAGCGACCUCCGGGAAUACAAGCGCUUUGAGAAGGAGAAGCUCAAGUCCCAGUGGAAUAAUGACAACCCCCUCUUCAAGAGCGCCACCACGACAGUCAUGAACCCUAAGUUUGCUGAAAGUUAGGCGCCUGGUGACCGGCCACAAGGUCCGAGAUGGGGCCCCACCCGCGCCCCUCCCGAGGCCGCCCUGCCC